UCAAGUUCGCAAGCAGCUGCCCUGGUACUGCUUCUCUCACCCUUUGCUCAAAACCAAGGAGUACUAUCAGUUUGAAGUCAGAGAUGCGGCUCAUGUGAUGUGGUUUGAAAAGCUUCAUGUGUGGCUGUUGUUUCUGGAAAAGAACGUGCUCUACCCGCUGGUCAUCCUAAACGAGCUGAGYGGCAGUGCCAAGGAACUCGCAAGCCCAAAGAAACUCGAUACAGAGGUUGGUGCACUGAUGAUCACUGUAGCUGGCCUGAAGCUGCUUCGUUCAUCUUACAGCAGUCCGACCUAUCAGUACGUCACCAUCCUCUUYACCAUCCUGUUCUUCACCUUUGACUACCGUCAUCUGUCUGAGACGCUGCUGCUGGACCUCUUUCUAAUGUCCAUUGUUUUCAGUAAGUUAUGGGAGCUGUUUUACAAGCUACACUUUGUCUACACCUACAUCGCUCCAUGGCAGAUCACGUGGGGCUCAGCCUUCCACGCCUUUGCUCAGCCCUUUGCUGUGCCUCGCUCAGAUGACAACAACUUGAACUCAAUUUUCUAUGAGCACCUGACUCGCUCCCUGCAACACAGCCUUUGUGGCGACCUUCUGUUGGGCCGCUGGGGAAACUUUAGUACCGGGGACUGCUUCAUUUUGGCCUCGGACUAUCUGAACGCUUUGGUGCAUCUGAUAGAGAUCGGCAAUGGUUUAGUCACCUUCCAACUCCGAGGACUGGAGUUCAGAGGAACCUACUGUCAGCAGAGAGAAGUGGAGGCCAUCACUGAAGGCGUGGAGGAAGAUGAGGGUUGCUGCUGCUGCGAACCGGGCCAUCUUCCUCACAGCCUGUCAUUCAACGCUGCGUUUGGGCAGCGCUGGCUGGCCUGGGAGGUUCUGGUCACCAAGUAUGUUCUGGAAGGAUACARCAUCACUGACAACAGCGCCGCCUCCAUGCUGCAGGUGUUUGAUCUGAGGCGCAUCCUCACCACCUAUUAUGUCAAGGGUAUUAUUUACUAUGUGAUCGCUUCCUCAAAAUUGGAGGAGUGGCUUUCUAAUGAGACCAUGAAGGAGGGUCUGCGAGGUUGUGGAGAAAGGAACUAUGUUGACCUGGACCCCACGUUUAAUCCCAACAUUGACGAAGAUUAUGACCAUCGGCUCGCAGGAAUCUCCAGAGACAGUUUUUGUGCGGUAUACUUGAGUUGGAUUCAAUACUGCAACUCUCGAAGAGCCAAGCCACUCGACAGUGAGAAAGACUCGGCUCUGGUGCUGCUCUGCUUUGGUUUGUGUGUGCUGGGAAGGCGAGCUCUGGGAACAGCAGCCCAUCACAUGUCCAGCAAUCUGGAGUCUUUCCUUUAUGGACUCCAUGCAUUAUUUAAAGGAGAUUUCCGCAUCUCGUCAGUGCGAGACGAGUGGAUCUUUGCAGACAUGGAACUGCUCAGGAAAGUUGUGGUACCUGGAAUCCGAAUGUCUCUUAAAUUACACCAGGACCACUUCACAUCCCCCGAUGAGUAUGAUGAGCCAGCGGUUCUUUAUGAGGCCAUCUCCUCGCACCAGCAGAACCUGGUUAUUGCUCACGAAGGUGACCCAGCAUGGAGGAGUGCUGUUCUGUCCAAUGCCCCAUCACUCCUCGCCCUGCGCCACGUCCUGGACGAAGGCACCAAUGAGUACAAAAUUGUUAUGCUAAAUCGACGAUACCUCAGCUUCCGGGUCAUCAAGGUAAAUAAAGAAUGUGUUCGAGGCCUAUGGGCAGGCCAGCAGCAGGAGCUGGUGUUCCUGAGAAACAGAAACCCGGAACGCGGAAGCAUCCAGAAUGCCAAGCAGGCUCUGCGCAACAUGAUCAAUUCUUCUUGUGACCAGCCAAUCGGAUAUCCAAUCUACGUGUCUCCGCUGACCACCUCCUACUGCAACUCGCACCCGCAACUCAAACACAUCCUGGGAGGACCCAUCAGCAUCGUAAACAUUCGCAACUUCGUUGUCAACACCUGGCACCGGCUACGGAAGGGCUGCGGUGCUGGCUGUAACAGUGGAGGGAACAUUGAGGAUUCAGAUGCUGGCGGUAUGUCAUGUGGCAGUGGAAAUGGGACAGGCGGUGACUCUCAUCAGAGCUCGGUGUCACACGGUGAAAACUCUGGGCCAGCUCCUCCCCACUCAUGCCAACCACAUUCUCUGGGUACCAGCCAGAGCUCCCAGUCAGUUCAGUUCGGGUUGGUCCGCCAAUCUCCUGCCAGGGCUUCCAUGGCCAGCCAGUCCUCACUGUACCGCUACAGCAGCAGCCGCCACUCGUCCCUGCGCACCUCCACCACAGGCCUGGAGCCCUGCCGGCGUUCCUCCACCAGCCAGCUGUCACUGCGCACGCUGCCCACCUCCCUGCAGCUGCGACUGGGCUCCACCUCUGACCCAGCUGGCCCCUCGUCCUCUCUCUCCAGCCACAGCAUCCCUCCCUGCAAACGUCACACACUGGUGGGGCUCUUGGGUAACGACGGCGUCUGCAGCACYGUAACAGAUCCGCUCAGCCAGCUGCAUCACCAUCAUUACCACCCGCAGCAGCACAACCCCACCUUCUCCACUGUACGAAGAGAUGACAUCUCCUACAGAGUGCAGAUUGUGGAUGUGAGUCAGGUGUUGGAGAACAUCAAUUUACCGAAGCGGAAAGAUCUUCAGUGGCCUGACGAGACCAUUAGACUGAGGGCAGGUCGGACCUGCUGGAGAGACUGGAGCCCCUCUGUGGGCAUGGAAGGACAUGUGAUUCACCGGUGGGUGCCUUGCAGCCGAGACCCAGCCAGUCGCUCCCAUAUCAACAAAACCAUCCUGCUGGUUCAGGUGGACGAUAAGCUAGUUCCUGUUAUUGAGACUGGGGUCACAGAGUUGGGCGCUGAGGUUUGAGACUAGCAAAGCCCACAUCCCUCUCUCAGUUUGUGUGGAGGUUCCUGGCGUUCACCAGGAUACACCAACCUGUGGGUAAACAGGAAAUGUGAGCUCCCAACCCC